CUUUUGCGGUCAGGAGAGCCCAUGUGAUUGGUACUGUUUCCAGAAAAUCCCAACACCCGAUUCAAUUGGCUAUACAUGCAUAUUAUUGAAACAGAAGCACAUUAUAAUAUGGAGUCGCAGAGUCAAGGUUCAUCAAAUUAAAAAGUGUAAGAACGAGAAUAAAUGUAGUCGAGAUAUCAAGGAGUAGUUUACAGAAAAAUGAAUAUAGCGUUUGGACAAAAACAUGGCAGAACCAACAAGACAUUACAGAAUAUAAAGUGAAUACCAUAAUCAAGAGAUUCACAUGAGCAACAGGGUUAAACCGAAAACACAGUCAUAGUAUCGAUACAAGCAGUGGUUUCAAUUAUAAACGAGAUGUUGAAUGACCAUUUGAAGCAAAUAGUUGGAACAGUCAUUUUGCAGAUCAAAGAGCACCAGUCGGAAAUAGAGCGAAUCACCACAUUAGAAUUGGAUGGACGUGAGGAUUGUAAAGAGACGACAAGAGUGGUGCGGAUAGACGGUUGUUUGAAUGCAGCAAGUAUAUAAAUAUGAAAGAAUAGAAGACAAGGUAUAUUAGGACAUCAAGGAGACUGGCAUAUGGUUAAAGUGGAUAAACAAACGGCAAGUUACGACAGUUCAUGCAAGACACAAAGGAUGGAUGUAGACAGGGAAGACUGAGUGCGUACGCUAUAGACAGGAAAGGAGUAACUUGGAAUGCAGUGGAUUGGCAGUAGAGUCCAAACCAGUCUUGAUUGCCAAUUCGUUUGGAUAAAGCGAGGUGAAGUUGUGUGAAUUGUUGGUGCAAACCUUGUUCUUGCUGCAUUCUGAAAAUCGCUUCAUUCUGAUCCACUGCACGGUUGGAGUCUAGAUUACGAUGAUCACACUGCGUCUUGCCAUCUAUACUAGACUGUCUUGCCAACUCUACUAGACUGUCUUGCCAUCUCUAUUAGACUGUCGAUCUGUCAGACUAUUUCAAUACACCUGAGGUUACGAUGUUGUGGCAAGACGCUUUUGUCAUCUGCACUUUUAUUGUGAAUAUCUUGGUUUCAUCUCGUCAUUCCACAACAAGGAUUCGAUAUUAUGCCAAGACUCGGCACUGCGGGCGUGAACCCAACUACAUCCUCAGACCAGAUUCUUGCUCCUAUACUUGACAAUGCUGCCAUCAAAAAAGGAAAACUUUCCAUUUUCUCCAACAGUCGCAACUUGGCUCUGC